UCUUCAUCAACCUUCCGAGAAUAUAAGGGCCCUUUUUCUCUCUCCGCCCAUUCUUAUAUAUACAUUCAUUAAACAUAUUGAAUCGAUUCUUACAUUGCAUUUCACUUUCAGCAAUUCUUUCUGGGGGUGAUUGUGGUUUAUUUGAUUAAGCUAUAGUGCAAAGUCAAUAUGGCUAAUGAUGGUGGAGAAGGAAGCGGGAAAAACUCAGGGUUUCCUCAUGUUGUCCUCAAUGAAAGGAUUCUUUCUUCAAUGUCGCGAAGAUCUAUUGCUGCUCAUCCCUGGCAUGACUUGGAGAUUGGACCAGGUGCUCCAGCAGUUUUCAACUGUGUGGUUGAAAUUGGCAAAGGUAGCAAGGUUAAGUAUGAGCUUGACAAAAUAAGUGGUCUUAUAAAAGUUGAUCGUGUUCUCUAUUCAUCUGUUGUUUACCCACACAACUAUGGUUUCAUCCCUCGAACUAUCUGCGAAGACAGUGAUCCUAUGGAUGUUCUGGUACUUAUGCAGGAGCCUGUGCUACCUGGUACUUUCCUCCGUGCACGUGCCAUUGGUUUAAUGCCCAUGAUAGACCAGGGCGAAAAGGAUGACAAAAUCAUAGCAGUAUGUGCUGAUGAUCCUGAGUUUCGCCAUUACACAGACAUCAAUGAGCUUCCUCCUCAUCGUCUGCAAGAAAUCCGCCGCUUUUUUGAGGACUACAAAAAGAAUGAGAACAAGAAAGUUGAUGUGGAAGACUUCUUGCCAGCUGAGGCUGCCAUCAGUGCCAUCAAGUACUCCAUGGAUCUUUAUGCGUCUUACAUUGUUGAAAGCUUGAGGCAGUGAAUUUAUUUGGAGAAUGUUCAGUGACUAUGACACAAUUUAGUAUUUAUAAUACUAAGGCUAGACUUCUUGCUAUAUGCCCGUUUGCUGAACUUCUAUCACUUGAAUGUUCAAUGGCCAAGUUUCACUUGUGCUUAUUAUGAAUAUAUAACUGGAUAUGCUUGUUUCAACUUGUUGAAUGAAAUUUACUUAUGCUUGGGCUAUGCUUGGUCAAUA